GAAAGGUGAGCAGAGGACACGGACGGACGGCUGGGAUUCAGCCGGGGAAGCGGCAGAGGGCCAAUCCUCAUCGUCGCUGGCUUCUGGAUCGCUCGUGCUUCAGUACUACCAGCUGGAGCCGGAGUAGAGGGUUUUUGGCUUGCAGGGGGAAAAGGAUCUUGAAUAUUGUGAUCAGACGACUGUGCUGAGAAGACGUUCUGGACAUCUCCAGAGGGAGCUCCAGGAAUUCAGCUCCUGGCUUUCGUACCACAGGAAAGAUCUCAGCACUGACAGGUGAUGUCAUUCUCAGAAGGCAUCAGUGACUCAGCGCCUGGCCCCACCAGCUCUGCGGCCCCCAAUCCAAGCGGCAGGCUCAGCAUUCCGGAAAUAAUCCGUAAGAAGCGGGAUGGAGAGAACUUGCAGCAGGACGAGAUCCGCUACUUUGUGCAGGCUGUGACCAGGAGGGCCUUGCAGGACGGGCAGAUCGGAGCCAUGCUGAUGGCCAUCCGAUUGCAAGGCAUGGAGCCCAAUGAGAUUCUGGCGCUGACCCGGGAGAUGGCCACAUCCGGGAGGAUCCUUGAGUGGCCGGAGAAGUGGCGGGGGCUUCUGGUGGACAAGCACUCCACUGGCGGGGUGGGCGACAAAGUCAGCCUGCCUCUGGUGCCGGCCCUCGUGGCAUGCGACUGCAAGGUGCCCAUGAUCAGUGGCCGAGGCCUGGGCUACACCGGCGGCACGCUGGACAAGCUGGAGUCUGUGCCUGGCUUUGUGGUCUCCCAGAGCCCAGAGCAGAUGAAGCACAUCCUAGAGGCGGUUGGCUGCUGCAUCGUGGAGCAAAGUCAAGAGCUGGUCCCAGCCGACAAGGUCCUCUAUGCCCUGAGAGAUGUCACGGCUACUGUGGACAGCCUGCCCCUCAUCACAGGCUCCAUCAUGAGUAAGAAGGUUGCAGAGAACAUCUCUGCGCUGGUGCUGGACGUGAAGUUUGGCAGCGCUGCCCUCUACCCCACCCUGGAGAGUGCCCAGCAGUUGGCACAAAGCCUGGUGUCGGUUGGGACCCAGCUCAAGAUCAACACAGCUGCAGUGCUCAGCAGGAUGGACGGGCCCUUGGGACGUCGAGUGGGUCACUCCUUGGAGGUGCUCGAAUCCUUGGAGUGCCUGGAAGGACGAGGCCCUGAGGAUCUCCGUGAACUGGUGACCACACUAGGAGGAACCUUGCUGUGGCAGUGCGGGAGAGCCGGAUCGCUGCCCGAGGGCACGGCCCACAUCGCCAGAGCCCUGGACAACGGCACCGCCCUGCGCACCUUCCAGGCCAUGCUGCAGGCGCAAGGGGUGGAGGCCGACGUGGCCCGCGCACUGUGCGCGGGGACGGAGGAGCAGCGCUUGCAGGUGCUGAGGCGGGCCCAGGCCCAGGAGGAGCUGGUGGCUCAGCGUGGUGGGACCGUCCAGCAGAUUCUUGCUCUGCCCCUUGCUCGGACGCUACAUGGUUUGGGAGCCGGCCGCACCCAGAAGGGGCAAGCCAUCAACCACCGUGUGGGUGCUGAGCUGCUGGUCUCCGUGGGGCAACGGGUGAGGAAAGGAUCCCCAUGGAUCAGGAUCCACUACGAAAGCCCUGCGCUGAGUGACGCUGACCGACACAGCUUGCAAGGAGCCUUGAUUCUGGAAGACUCGGAACCUUUUGCUCCCAGCUUGAAGGUGGUGAAGACGAUUCUCCCGCAAACACAUCCGGAGAUGGCGAGGCGGAAAUGACGGCUUCCCGAGCAGCAGCACAGCUCGGAGGACUACACAGAGAAGCUCCGGUUGGGGCCUGGCCUCAGCCCUUGGAUGGCAGGCGGCAGGGGGCUUGCCCAUACAGCGGGUUACACCGCCGUAAACGCGCAUCUUUCCAUUUUCGGACAGAUGACGCAGCCGCAAAUGCGAAGCCAUCCAGGGGCAAACCCUGGAAAAUCCACUCCAAAGAAGUCAGGCAUUUACCCCGACUUUUUUGGGCAGUGAAGGAGGCUUUGCGGCUAUAAAACAGUAAAAGAAAAAGAUUAAAAUGGGGGGGGGGGGAGAACAACAGUGCCGUUUCUCCCCCCCCCUUUUUUUAAUGUUAUGAUUUAAACAUAUGGAGCUCUGCAUUAACAAAUUUUUGGAGGACCAGGCAACCUCCAUUCUGAAUAUGCGGACCUCUGCAUAUUGUGGUCUUUAAAUUAGAAAAGGGGGGGCAGCUUCGUUACUUUCCUUCUCCCUCCCCCCCCGCCCGGGUAGAAAUGGCCCCGUUCCUUUCCUCCCUCCCCCCAUUUCCUUUUUUUUUAAUAUAACAUUUCAAGCGGAGGUCUGGGCAACCUCCAAUCUGAAUAUGCGGUGCUCCGCAUAUUCAUAGAAUCAUAGAAUAGCAAAGUUGGAAGGGGCCUACAUCGAGUCCAACCCCCUGCUCAAUGCAGGAAUCCACCCUAAAUUAAUUUUAAUUUAAAAAAGGGGGGAGAGCCCCGUUUCUUUCCUCCCUCCCCCCAGGGAUGAACGACCCCAUUCCUUUGCACCACCACCCACCAUUUCUUUUUUUAAAAAAACUUUUCAGAGGCGCCGGGAAGGAAAAUUCGCACUUGCCUUCCUUCCCGAGCAGAUACCGGGAAGGAAAGCAAAUGCGGGUGCAAGGCGCCUCCCGGCACCAAAGCACCUCCGUUUAGCUGGGGGCAGGGAUAGGCACUUGGCAUGGGGGUAGGGGGGCUGAAGACACACCUGUCCUCAAUCAUUUCAGGAUCCCCUCUUUUCUUGACCCCCCCUUCCAGGUUUCCCACACCCAUGGGCCAGGCACUAUUUUGUUCUUUUUUUUACUGAGCCCAUUAAGCAGGGUGACUUGCCCAUAAACAGGUGGAAUUAAAUGCUAUCUCAGAAGCCUUUUGUCUGUUCCAUAAUGUGAGUUGCCAAGAUAGCAUGCACCCAGAAGCAGAGGGGGUGUUUGAAAGGGGGAAGGGAAUCAGGAAACAAUACUCCCUCUUCCCUCCCCAUCCCCUUUUCCUUGUGUGUCAUGUCUUUUUUAGAAUGUAAGCCUGAGGGCAGGGACUGUCUUCUUUACUGAUCAAUUGUAAGCCGCUCCGAGAGCCUUUUUGGCUGAGGUGCGGGAUAAAAAUAUUCUAAAUAAAUAAAUAAAUAAAUAAAUAUGGAGGGGGGGCACUUAACCCCUCCUGUACCUGCCAAUUCUUCCCUGCCAGUGCCCCCCUAAAUAGGGUGACCGUAUGAAAAGGAGGACAGGGCUCCUGUAUCUUUAACAGUUGUACUGAAAAGGGAAUUUCAGCAGGUGUCGUUUGUAUAUAUGGAAAACCUGCUGGUGAAUUUUCCUCUUCAUCACAACAGUUCAAGCUGCAGGUGCCCUGCCCUCUUUUAAA